GCCUCCCACUUAUAUAUAAAGCCCAUAAAAGUGGCAGUAUGGUCCUUGCUCGCCUCUCCACAAAAAAAGGAUUAUUUUUUCCUCUGUCCUUCCCUUUCAACGCAGACCGAAAGGCGGAGUCCUCCCACAAUCUCUUGUGGCCACCAAUCACGCUCUACUCUUUAAGGGAAGUCAGCAUGGAUCAGGCUCAACACCCAACUGUCAUGCAGAAGGUAGCAGGGCAGCUCACUCGUUUUAGCAAUUCCCAAGAUUUUCAAGGGUGUGAUGGGUCUUUCCGUAGGCCUGCUCUCUACCAAAGAAAUGUUGCAUAUCAAAAUUACUCCAAUGCUGCACUGCAGUACCCUAUUGUCCGAGCUUGUGGAGUUACCAGUGACAUGCCUACGGUUCCAUCAACAGCAUCUGCUAUUUGUAUUCAAGCUCCUGCUGAGAAAGGGUUUACCGGCUUUGCUGUUGAUUUCCUUAUGGGUGGAGUUUCUGCUGCUGUAUCUAAGACAGCUGCUGCUCCAAUUGAGCGUGUUAAGCUUUUGAUUCAGAACCAGGAUGAAAUGAUUAAAAGUGGUAGGCUCUCUGAACCCUACAAGGGUAUUGGUGAUUGUUUCAAGCGAACGAUUAAGGGUGAAGGAUUUGCCUCUUUGUGGAGAGGAAACACCGCAAAUGUUAUUCGUUAUUUCCCCACUCAGGCCUUGAACUUUGCUUUCAAGGACUACUUCAAGAGGCUUUUCAACUUCAAGAAAGACAGAGAUGGUUACUGGAAAUGGUUUGCUGGUAACUUGGCAUCUGGAGGAGCUGCUGGUGCUUCUUCCCUUCUGUUUGUUUACUCCUUGGACUAUGCGCGAACACGACUUGCCAAUGAUGCAAAGGCUGCAAAGAAGGGAGGAGAGAGGCAAUUCAAUGGCCUUGUUGAUGUCUACAGGAAGACUUUAAAAUCUGAUGGUAUUGCUGGGCUUUACCGUGGUUUCAAUAUCUCAUGUGUUGGAAUCAUUGUUUACCGUGGUCUAUACUUCGGAAUGUACGACUCCCUGAAGCCAGUGGUUUUGACGGGAAAGAUGCAGGAUAGUUUCUUUGCUAGCUUUGCCCUUGGUUGGCUCAUCACGAAUGGUGCUGGCCUUGCAUCCUACCCGAUUGACACUGUUCGUAGAAGAAUGAUGAUGACCUCUGGUGAAGCAGUGAAGUACAAGAGCUCACUUAAUGCAUUCUCUCAGAUCUUGAAAAAUGAGGGUGCCAAGUCUCUAUUUAAGGGUGCUGGAGCUAACAUUCUUCGUGCUAUUGCUGGUGCUGGUGUGCUUGCUGGAUAUGACAAGUUGCAGCUCAUUGUGUUCGGAAAGAAAUAUGGAUCGGGUGGUGCUUAAACUUUUGGGUAUAUUUCCCUUUUUGGUUCCGUUUAUAGGUUUAGAUGGUGAUGAAAAACUCUUUAGUCCGGAUAAAUUUAUUUUGGCAAAGAUUUCGUUAAAAUAAUUCAGAUUUAGUGGGGACUGGGGAGUUGUUCUCCUAACAAUUUUUCUAUUUUACCAUGAAAGUUUUGCUUUAGAAAAAAUCUCAUAAAAAGAGCAGUGUAAUGCCAUUGCCGCCUCUCUGAUUUGUUGGUUUUUAUGAAUUCAGGGAUACUUUAUAUUUAAAGUUCUAAUUUUAAUAAUUGUUUCUGUUUCAAGUUGUUAAA